CGCGGCACGCAGCUCCCACGGCCGCCCGCAGGGUCCCAGCGCCGCCGCUCGCAAUGAAGGUCGCCUCUACCGCCCCGUCGCCGCUGCCCGCCGGUCCCGGUGGGGCUCUAAAGGCCGUUCGACCCGGGGAAGCCGCUCGUUGCGGGCCGGGACCUGGAGCCGUCGCUGCCGAACAAGCGGCCGCAGCGCUGCUGUACGAUAUGAAGGGCUGCUACUCCAGGCUCCGGGCGCUGGUGCCCACGUUGCCGCGGCACAGGAGGGUCUCUAAAGUGGAGCUGCUGCAGCAUGUGAUCGAUUACAUCUGGGACCUACAACUGGCUCUACAGCCCGGCCCUGCCCGGCCCCCGAAUCCUGCUGAGCCCCCAGAGGCUCCGUGCAUGGCCGCUGCCGACCGUAUAUUGUGCCGCUGAGAGACACCGACACGGACCCGAACGGAGCCCCCCCCCCCCCAUAAGGGCACGGACGGGACCCGCAUCCGAGAGCACGGAACGGACGCCCCUACGGAGCCGACGGCCGCGGCUCGUAACCUUCUCAGAUUGCUGAGAGCAUUCCAUGUAUUGUAUAUUACAAUGAUGCUGGAGAAUAUUGUUCUACAAUAGCUGGAGUUUUGUUAUUAAACAAGCCCUGAUUACCAGGCAA